AUGAAUAAACAACUUAAAGAAUUUUUUGCUGAAUGUUUGGGAACUUUGAUAAUAAUUACAUUAGGUUGCGGUGCAGUUGCAUCUAAUGUAUUAAAGGGAUCGAGUGAUAUAUCAAUAGGUUUGGGAUUUGGUUUGGGUGUCUUUAUAGGUGCUGCCAUUGCAAUACCUAUUUCAGGUGCUCAUUUAAAUCCAGCCGUCACUAUUGCAUUAUGUUUUAUUAAAAAAUGCAAAUGGAAUAAAGUUGUUUAUUAUUUACCUGCCCAAUAUAUCGGUGCAUUUUUGGGCGCCGCUAUAGUCUAUGGUAUAUAUGGUCAGGGAAUUCAAGAAUAUGAGAAUGAGUUCAUGAAAUUGGCUGAAAAUACUAAUACAACGUUUGAUAAGAUUAGCCUAACAGCCGGAAUAUACGCUACAUAUCCUCAAUCAUAUCUGACUAUAACUCAAGUGUUUGCCGAUCAGAUAUUUUCGUGCGCCAUCUUAAUGAUAGCCAUACUGGCCAUUACUGAUGAAAAGGGCAUCAAUACUCCUCGUGCUUUACAACCACUCAGUAUAGCACUGGUAGUCUGUGUGCUUAUCAUAUCCUAUGGUCUUAAUUGUGGCGCUACAUUGAAUCCAGCCCGUGAUUUAGCCCCGAGAGUGUUCACAGCACUAGCCGGCUAUGGACUCGACGUUUUCAAGCCAUUGGAAGGUCAGUAUUGGUGGUCCGCAGGUCUGGUAGCACCACAUAUCGGUGCCAUUGUUGGAGGUCUCAUAUAUGUCUUAGGGGUUGGUGUUUAUAGUAAUAAUUGUGAUGAUAGUAAUGCCAGUCUGAGUACUGUUGUAACGGUUCCCGUCACCAAAAAUGAUGUUAUUUUUCAAAGAGCUCGCCAAGUGAUCAGUGAAAAUAUGAAAGUAUCGCCGUUGGAUAGGGAAAGGGAUAUCCAUCGAAAUUAUUAA